CUCCUAUAUUUCCCCCCUUCUUACGUCAAUCGAAUCGAAACCCCUCAAGUUUUGUUCCAAUUUGUCUAAAUAGGUGAAAAAGGAUUAACAAUGCCUGCAAUUGCCGAUCGCAGUUCGUCUCCUUUCAAGGCAAUGUUGGCCGCCAAGAGCUGCGAGCUGGCUGGAUCCGGCGGCUGCCGCCCUCCUCAGAAACGGAGGUUAAGGUCCGAUACGGCAGCGGCGGCCAAAGAGAGUCCGGUUUCAACGCCUAUGAAACUCAAAUCGCCACGACGUCGUCUAGAUUCAAGUCCAAGCAGCCCUGCAAAUAGAGUUAAGAAAGAUCCGAGUGAAAAAACAUUGAAGAAAUGUUGGAACCCGAGAGAUGUUGAGCAAAUAAGGGCUGUGAAGGAGGCUGUACAUGUUUCAACAGCUCCAUCAACUGUUGUGUGCCGAGAAGAUGAGCAAAAAAGGGUUUUGGAUUUUUGCAAGGCAUGUGUCCAACAAGAGAAAGCUGGGAGCUUGUAUGUAUGUGGAUGCCCUGGGACUGGGAAAUCAUUAUCAAUGGAGUUAGUAAAACAGCAAGUUAUUGAUUGGGCGAAAAUGCAGGAAGGUUUGCAGCCACCUGAAGUAUUAGCAAUGAAUUGCACUUCUUUGGCAAAUACUUCAGUCAUUUUCAGUAAGAUUCUUGGCAUGCACCAACCAAAGAAGAAAAGCAUAGGCUCAGCAUCACCUUUGCAGCAUUUGCAGAAUCUGUAUUCCAACAAGCAGGCACAAUCUAGCUCAAAGAUGAUGUUAAUUAUUGCUGAUGAGUUGGAUUAUUUGAUUACAAGGGACAGGGCAGUACUUCAUGAUCUUUUCAUGCUUACAACUUUUCCGUUCUCAAGAUGUAUAUUGAUAGGAAUAGCAAAUUCCAUUGAUCUAGCUGAUAGGUUUCUUCCAAGACUCCAGUCAUUGAACUGCAAGCCUAUGGUUGUAACUUUCCGUGCUUACUCUAAAGAUCAAAUCCUUUCAAUACUUCAGGAGAGGCUCUUGGUACUUCCGUAUAUUGUCUUCCACCAGCAAGCAUUAGAACUUUGUGCCAGAAAAGUAGCAGCUGCAUCUGGGGAUAUGAGGAAAGCUCUUUCUGUUUGUAGGAGUGCGGUGGAAAUUCUUGAAGCAGAAUUAAGGGAAUCUGCAAGCAAUACUGGUUUGACAUCAGCAGAGGGGGAUUUCGUUAGUCCACAGACAGCCCUCGCUCAUGAAGUGUUCCCUUCACAAGAAAAUAAUACUGUGAGGAUUGAUCAUAUGGCUCUUGCAUUGUCAAAGACAUUCAGAUCACCUAUAGUCGACACUAUACAGUCUCUUCCUCAGCAUCAACAAAUCAUACUUUGCUCUGCUGUGAAGUACUUCCGUGGUGGAAAGAAGGAUACAACUGUCGGGGAGUUGAAUAAAUCUUACAUUGACAUUUGUAAAUCAGCAUUGAUCCCGCCAGUUGGAAUUUUGGAAUUCUCAAGUAUGUGCAGAGUGUUAAAUGACCAGGGGCUCUUCAAAUUAGGUCAGUCUCGUGAUGAUAAGUUCAAGAGAGUCACACUAAAAGUUGAUGAAGCCGACAUCUCCUUUGCUUUGCAGGGAGUUCGUUUGUUUAGGAAUUGUCUUCAGUAAUACUGCAUUACUUGUAAUAGGUUGAUAUGUGGGCUGUUUCCAAUCUUCAGCUUUCCUGCUCAAUUCAUGAGUUAAAGGCAUGGCAUUCCUGGGCGGUGGGCAGGUUUAGUCUGCUUCAGUAUUGCAACACCUUGAGGACGGGAAUGGGAAGGUGGAACUAUUGGCUAUUCGGCCACUAUUUCUUCCAGUAGAACUUGCAAUUGUUAACAAUUUGAUACCAAUUGUAAAUUUCAAAUAUAUUUAUUUAUUUUUGUGCAAGAAUUCAUUUAUUUUUUUCCUCUA